CUCAGAUGCAGGGCAAAGCGGGCCUGCCCAACAACUUGACCCAGUUUGGGAUGGACAAAAAACAGAAUGUCGGUGCUGGCAUGCAAAACAUGACUCCUCAGCAGCCCCCGCAGGUGACAGGCGGGGGGAUGGCGCCGGCCCCCCCCGGCGGCGCUCCGGGCAUGGCGGGGGUGGCGCCCCCCACAGCUGACCCGGAGAAGCGCAAGCUGAUCCAGCAGCAGCUGGUGCUGCUCCUGCACGCUCACAAGUGCCAGCGGAGAGAGCAGGCGAACGGGGAGAUGCGCCCGUGCAACCUGCCCCACUGCCGCACCAUGAAGAACGUGCUCAACCACAUGACCCACUGCCAGGCUGGCAAGUCCUGCCAGGUCGCACACUGUGCCUCUUCCCGCCAGAUCAUCUCUCACUGGAAGAACUGCACUCGACACGACUGCCCAGUCUGCCUGCCGCUGAAGAACGCCGGGGACAAGAGGAACCAGCAGUCUCUCCUCUCCUCUGCGAUGGGUCUGGGGAGCGCUCUGGGAUCAGUUGGAGGGGGGCAGCCCAACCAGAGCAGUCUGAACCCCCCCAGUCAGAUCGACCCCAGCUCCAUUGAGCGGGCCUACGCAGCCCUGGGACUCACCUACCAGGGCAACCAGGUGCAGAGCCAGUCUCCCCAGGUGCAGGGAGCAGGACAGCAGCCAGGCCAGAGCAUGCAGGGCCAGCAAGCAAUGAGGCCCAUCAACACUAUGGGAGGGAGUCCGAUGGGGGUCAAUGGAGGGGUUGGAGUUCAAUCGCAGGCCCAGCAGUCCAGCCUCCUGCCUGAUUCCAUGCUGCAUUCUGCGAUGAAUUCUCAGAAUCCCCUGAUGGGUGAUGUCACUGGGGUUGGAAGCCUGGGCUCGCUGCCCACUGCAGCGCCCCCCUCCAGCACGGGCAUCAGGAAGACCUGGCAUGAAGACAUCACCCAGGAUCUGAGGAACCACCUCGUCCACAAACUAGUGCAGGCGAUCUUCCCCACUCCGGACCCCGCUGCUCUGAAGGACCGUCGCAUGGAAAACCUCGUGGCCUACGCACGCAAAGUGGAGGGAGACAUGUACGAGUCGGCCAACAGCAGGGCGGAAUAUUACCACCUCCUCGCCGAGAAGAUCUACAAGAUCCAGAAGGAGCUGGAGGAGAAGCGAAGGACAAGACUUCAGAAGCAGGGUGUGAUGCCAGGGAUGGGCCAGGGCCCUCCCUCCAGCCUGCCCCCCAAUGGUCCACUCCCAGACCCCUCCAUGAUUCGCCCCAACUUGCCAAACCAGAUGAGCAGAAUCCAGACUCAGCCCGGGUUGAACCAGUUUUCUCAGAUGAACGUGCCGUCUCUGAGCCAGAGAUCUACCCCUCCUCUCCAGCAGCACCAGGGAGCCCUGAGCCAACCGGGAGCCCUGAACCAGAUGGGUAUGGGGGGUGCAAGGAUGGCCCAGCCCGCAGUGGGUCAGAUGCAGAACCAGAACCAGUACCACCAGUCAGCCCAGUUCACAGGAGCCUCUCCGGGGAUGAAUUCCAACAGCGUGGGUCUGACUCCACCCAACAGCCAGGCCUCCAUCAACCAGGGUCAGCUGUCUAGCUCCUCCCUCCCUGUGCACAGUCCUGCCGGGUCAGUGGGUUCCCUGGGCCCGGGCAGUGUGGGACCCCCGAGCCAGGGAAGCUCCCAGAUGCAGUGCCCCCCGUCGAUGUCACAAGCCCCUCUCCGGCAGAACUCUCCUUCCCCCGCCCGCUCCCUCACUCCCACCCCUCACCCCACCCCUCCCGGUCUGGGACCCCCAGGAGGCUCUCAAACCCCCCGGACGCAAACCCCAACCCCCCCACAGAGCGCGCGCCGGGGGGAGACUCAGCAGCAGCAGCCCUCUCCCGCACAUCCCCUGCAGGGGGCCUCCCACUCUCUGGGGGCAGCGAUGAGCGAGAAGCAGCAGCAGCAUCAGCAUCAUCAGAAUGCAGUCAACAGCUCUGCCGUCGCCGCGGCGACCGCCCAGCCAAUGCAGUCGCAGCAGCACCCCAGAACUCCACUGUCUCAAAAAUCUGCGGUGACCGGCGACGGGCUGACCUCAAACCCGGCCUCCGCCUGCAGCGCCGACGCGAGCGCCCAGCAGCCCCCGCCCGACCCCGCGCCGCACGAGGGGAAGAUGGAGGUCAAGCAGGAGGAGGAGGAGGAGGAGGAGGAGCCGGGGGCGGAGCCCGGCGGAGUCAAACAGGAAGCCAAGCCUGAGGUGAAGGAGGAUUUGGGCUCGGUGGGUGACUGUAAGCCGGAGCCCAUGGACUCUUCCUCCUCCUCCUCCUCUUCCUCCUCGGAAGAGAAGAAGCCAGAGUUGAAGCUGGAGCCCCGAGAGGAGGAGGGAGGGGAGGGGCCGGGCACCCCCGCCACCCAGACCUCCCCCAGCCCCGGCCAGAGCAAGAGAAAAAUCUUCAAGCCGGAGGAGCUGCGUCAGUGUCUCAUGCCCACUCUCGAGGCUCUGUACAGGCAGGACCCCGAGUCUCUGCCCUUCCGCCAGCCUGUGGACCCCCAGUUACUGGGAAUACCCGAUUAUUUCGACAUUGUGAAGAACCCCAUGGAUCUGUCCACGAUCAAGCGCAAGCUGGACACGGGACAGUAUCAGGAGCCCUGGCAGUACGUGGACGACAUCUGGCUCAUGUUUAACAACGCCUGGCUGUACAAUCGCAAAACGUCCCGCGUCUACAAGUACUGCUCCAAACUAGCAGAGGUGUUCGAGCAGGACAUCGACCCCGUCAUGCAGGGGCUGGGCUACUGCUGCGGGAGGAAGCUGGAGUUCUCUCCUCAGACGCUGUGCUGCUAUGGGAAGCAGCUGUGUACGAUCCCCAGAGAUGCAGCCUAUUUCAGCUACCAGAACAGGUAUCACUUCUGUGAGAAGUGUUUCAACGAAAUCCCCGGAGAGACUGUGGCUCUGGGGGACGACCCGUCCCAGACGCAGACGACAAUAGGCAAAGAUCAGUUUGAAAAGAAAAAGAACGACACACUGGACCCUGAGCUGCUUGUUGAAUGUACUGACUGCGGGCGAAAAAUGCACCAAAUCUGCGUCCUUCAUAACGACACAAUCUGGCCAGCAGGGUUUACUUGCGACAACUGUCUGAAGAAAGCCGGCAAAACGAGAAAGGAGAACAAAUACGCAGCGAGAAGCAAGUGGAGGCUCCCCCAGACGAAGCUGGGCAGCUUCCUGGAGACACGGGUGAACGAUUACCUGCGACGGCAGAACCACCCCGAGUCGGGCGAGGUGACCAUCCGCGUGGUGCACGUGUCGGACAAGGUGGUGGAGGUGAAGCCCGGCAUGAAGUCCAGGUUCGUGGACACCGGGGAGAUGGCGGAGUCCUUCCCCUAUCGGACGAAGGCUCUGUUCGCCUUCGAGGAAAUCGACGGGGCAGACGUCUGCUUCUUCGGCAUGCACGUGCAGGAGUACGGUUCGGACGCACCUUCACCCAACCAGAGGCGAGUGUACAUUUCAUACCUCGACAGUGUUCAUUUCUUCCAACCGCGAUGCCUCAGGACUGGCGUCUACCACGAGAUUCUCAUUGGCUACCUGGAAUAUGUCAAGAAACUGGGGUACACGACAGGUCACAUCUGGGCCUGCCCCCCCAGCGAGGGGGAUGACUACAUCUUCCACUGCCACCCUGCAGACCAGAAGAUCCCCAAACCGAAGAGGCUGCAGGAGUGGUACAAGAAGAUGCUGGACAAGGCCGUGUCCGAGCGCAUCGUGCACGACUACAAGGACCGUGUUCAAGCCAGGGCCAACGAGGACCUGCUCACCAGCGCCAACGAGCUGCCCUACUUGCCCAACGUGCUGGAGGAGAGCAUCAAGGAGCUGGAGCAAGAGGAGGAGGAGAGGAAGAGAGAGGAGAGCAGCACGAGCAACGAGAGCACAGACGUGAAUAAGGGCGACAGCAAGAACGCCAAGAAGAAGAACAACAAGAAGACGAGCAAGAACAAGAGCAGCUUGAGCCGCGCUAUCAAGAAGAAACCGGGCAUGCCCAACGUGUCCAACGACCUCUCUCAGAAACUCUACGCCACCAUGGAGAAGCACAAAGAGUUGUUCUUUCUGAUCCGCCGUUGCGGCGGGACCUCUCCCUGGCGCUCCUGCACGCCAUCGUGGACCCAGGACCCCCUGCAUGGUGCAAGCACCAUGUGGAGACUCGCUUCCACUGCACCGUGUGUGGGAGGGGGGGAGGGGGGGGUGAGGUGCAAGCACCAUGUGGAGACUCGCUUCCACUGCACCGUGUGUGAGGACUACGACCUGUGCAUCACCUGCUACAGCACCAAGCGCCACGAGCACAAGAUGGAGAAGCUGGGUCUGGGUCUGGACGACGAGAGCGGCAGCGCUGCCUCCGCCUCCACCCAGAGCCCCGGGGACUCCCGGCGCCUCUCCAUCCAGCGCUGCAUCCAGUCCCUGGUCCACGCCUGCCAGUGCCGCAACGCCAACUGCUCCCUGCCCUCCUGCCAGAAGAUGAAGAGGGUGGUGCAACACACCAAGGGCUGCAAGCGCAAGACCAACGGGGGCUGCCCCAUCUGCAAGCAGCUCAUCGCCCUUUGCUGCUACCACGCCAAGCACUGCCAGGAGAACAAGUGCCCCGUGCCUUUCUGCCUCAACAUCAAGCACAAGCUGAGGCAGCAGCAGCUCCAGCACCGGCUCCAGCAAGCGCAGAUGCUGAGGAGGAGGAUGGCCAGCAUGCAGAGGGUGGGGGGCGGGGCCGCGGGAGGGGCAGGAGCCGGACAGCCCCCCCCUCCUCCUCCUCCUCCUCCCUGUUCCUCCUCUUCGUCGUCGUCUUCCUCGUCGCAGCAGGGGCUGCCGUCCCCCAGUGGGGGGGGCGGGGCUCCUACCACGCCGAUCAGCACCCAGCCCCCCACUCCUCAGACUCCCUCACAGCAGCAGCAGCAAAUGCCCCAACAGCUGCAGCAGCUCCAGCCUCCUCAGCAAGCCCCGAUCCCACCCAACAGCCUCCCUCCUUACGGCCGCCCCCCUGCUCAGCUUCACUCCCAGGGCAAGCCGGGGCUAGGUCCUGCCACCCCUCCCCACCAGCCCCACUCUCAACCCCAGCAGCAGGGGCCGGGAGGAGGAGGAGGAGGAGUGCCGCCCCCUACUGGCCCUCCCCCAGCGGCCGUGGAGAUGGCAAUGCAGAUCCAGAGGGCGGCGGAGACGCAGAGGCAGAUGGCCCAGGCUCAGCUCUUUCAGAGGCAGGGGCCGGCGGCGGCCAUGACCAGCCCGCACCACCAGAUCGGGGGGCCCCCCCAGCCCGGAGCCGGGGUCCAGCCGGGGAUGGGAGGCGGGGGGGGCAUGAGUCACCCUUCCCUGCCCGCGCCGGCGACCGCGGCGGCAGCAGCCAGGGCUCACAUGGAACAGCAGGGGCUGGCGGUCGGGCAGCAAGUUCAGCAGCAGCAAGUGAUGCCCCAGUCAGUGGCACAGCAGCAGAUGCCCCAACAGCAGAUACCACAACAGCAAAUGCCCCAGCAGCAGCAGCAGCAGCAGCAGCAGUGGGUCAACCAGCAAUUGCAACAGCAGCAACAGAGACAGGCAAUGCUGGUCCAGAUGGGACACCCGUCUCUCCAGCAGCAGCAGCAGCAGCUCCAGCAGCAGCAGAUCCAGCAGCAGCAGCAGCAAGUUGGGGCUCAAGCCGUGGGCCCGAACCGGGGCACCCACCCCCAGGCCGCCCUCCAGGACCUGCUCCGCACCCUGCGCUCCCCCAGCUCCCCCCUCCAGCAGCAACAGGUCCUCAACAUCCUCCGCUCCAACCCCCAGCUCAUGGCCGCCUUCAUCAAGCAGAGGGCGGCCAAGUACCAGGGAGUCGGGGGAGGAGGAGGAGGAGGAGCGGGACCGGGGCCCGGAGGGGGGCAGCAGCAGCAGCAGCAGCAGCAGCAGCAGCCUCCCAAUCAGAUGCACCCUGGGCAAGGAGGUGGUCCUGGAGGGGUGGUGGGAGGGCUGCCUAAUAUGAGCCAGCUUCAGCAGCAGCAGCAGCAGCAGAUGCAGAGGGCUGUGGUGGGAGGCAUGGCAGCCCAACAGCAAGUGGUGAACCAGCAGCAGCAGCAGCAGCAAGUACAACAGCCAGGGAUGGUGGGAGGAGGAGGAGGAGGAGGAGGAGGAGGAGGGCAGCCAAUGAACAUCAACCACCCGGCGAUGAACCCGCAGUACAGGGAGCUGCUAAUGCGACGGCAGCUCAUGCAGCAGCAGCAGCAGCAGCAGCAGCAGAUGAGCAACCACGCUCAGUUCCAGCAGCCCGCAGGGUACCAGCAGCAGCAGCAGCAGGUGUACGGGGCUCAGAACACAGUCACGCAGCAGCAGGUUGCAGCAGCCGUGCAGCAGCAGCAACAACGCAUGCAGCAGCAGCAACAUCACUUGCAGCAGCUGCAGCAGCAGCAAGGGUCGUUGGUGGCAAUGCAGCAGCAGCAGCAGCAGCAGCCAGGGGGCGAUGUUUCUCAGCAGCAGCUCGCUCUGCAGCAGAGGCUGCUUCAUCAGCAGCAGGUGGGAGGCAGUCCCGUCCAGCACAGCAACCCCAUGAGCCCCCAGCAGCAGCAGCAGAUGUCCCAGUCUCCUCACCUCCAGGGCCAGCCCCUGCCGUCCUCGCUCAGCCACCAAGUGCGCUCCCCCCAGCCCGUGCCCUCCCCCCGGCCCAUCCCCCACCCACCCCACUCCAGCCCCUCCCCCCGCAUGCAGCCCCAGCCCUCCCCUCAUCACGUCUCGCCCCAGACGGGCUCCCCGCACCCCGGGCAUCACCCGGGGCACCCCGCCCACAUGGUGGUGCCGCAGCAGCAGCUGGGAAACUCCCUGGAUCAGGGUCCUUUCGGGCCUUCGGAACAGAACCCCAUGCUGAUGAACCCUGGGAUGGGGGGGAUGCAAGGGGGGGGGCAGGACAUGUGUGCGUCGAAUAAUCCAGAUAUGGGCCAGAACAUUUCUCACAGUACUCUAGACAUGUUGUAGCAUUGCUUUUUUUUAAUGAUAAUUAUAAUGGUUAUUGUUGUUAUUGUUAUUAUUAUUAUUAUUAUUAUUAUUAUUAUUUUUUAUUUAAUUUUUCACACAUACCUACAUACGCCUUCCCGUGGGAGAAGACCACGCAGAAAAUAAAUUAUGAAUAGUAAUAAUGUUUUUGAUUAUUAUUAUUAAAAGGAAGGACAAUUUUCAAUCUCCUCUCCCUCAAUCCUCCAAGAACGACCGUUCUAAAUAAAUUUAUAUAUAUGUAUUUUCUUUUUAAAAUGAACAGACAAACACAUUAAACUGUACGGACUUUUUCUGUUAUGAUUUAGUUUUGUUUUUUUUCUGAAACGGUAUCAAUGUUUUAAGAAUACCAGCCCUCAAAAACAACGUCAAACUCGGAUUCAAAGAGAAUACUAAGGGAUAGCUAACUAUACAAAGAAUAUAUUUUUGUUAAAAACGAACUGGGAGAUGAAAAAAGAGAGAGAUGGGGGCUGCUUUUUAAACUAUUUGAAUGGUUUAAUUUUCUGCGUUUUUUUCAGUAGCCUGGGUUUUCUGGUUUAUAAAUGUCAUUGCUGGUUUAACACGAUUGGUUAUAUAAUGUGUGUUGUUUUUUUUACAUGCAAAUGUCUUGGAAGUCUGUCCUUUCCAAUCGUUAAUAAGGGAUAUGAAUGAGAAGUGGUUUGCUUGCUGUGUGGAUAUGUAUUCGUGUCCUAGAAGGACCUGGGAGGAUUGAGGGAGGCUUGUGAAAACGUGGGGUACCCGAAAGACUGCAAAGAACUUUUACAAACCCCCCACCGCCUUCAAAAAAAAAAGCCCACCCCUGUCCCUCUUGCAUUCUCUCAAGUGAAUAUUUUUCAGAUAUCUCUGUGAAAGGGCCCCCUAUCUCUUCUCAAUGGUGUGUGUGUCUCUCUCUCGACCCGGUUUUAAAUUUUUGGUGAAAUUUUGAAGCCGACACACUUGACUUUUUUUUUUUUUCUACUUUUUCGACAACCUAUAUGAAUCUUUUUUGAGUAUUUAAAAAAAAAAAAAAAAAAAAAAAAUACCUGUACAGAUUUAAAUAAGGAUACAAACUACUUUCCCGGGUUUUUUUAAUUUUAUUUAAUUUUUUUUUUUUUUUUUUGCACAUAAACAUCCAAAAACAUGCAAAUAAUAAUAAUAA